AAUGGAGGACAUGAAAUGAACUGAUGUCGUGAACUUCUUACUGUAGGCGUCUGUAUUUUACCUGUCAGAAUGUCUGAGACAAAUAGAAAAGCAGAGUUGGAGAGGAAAAAGGCUCGCCUUGAGGCGAUGCGACAAGAGAGACAGAGGAAAGAAGAAGAAAGAAGGAGAAAAAACAUAAAGACUGAAGAUGUGGCAACAGCAAAAGGUACAGGUGGAAAGUCCCAGGAUGUCGAUCAGCUCUUCAUGGAGUUGGGUCUCCCUCCAUCUGCUCCUAAGGGACGUGAAGUACCCUCCACAGAUUCAUCAGCUACAAGCACACCUAGUCACAGCAGUAGUCAUGAAGGCGAGCAGUCCGCAGCUCCAGUUACGCAGACUGUCACCUCAGGUCAAAAAUCUAAGGUGAAGUUGUCCGUGUGCAAAGUUUCUGAGACCAACAUCUUACCAAAAGAAAUGGUUACGUACAGCAAGGAAACUCAGACAAUUGUUACAGAACCAGCAGAAAGAGAUGCUCGCUCCCGGGAUUACUACGGCUCGCCAAGGUACGGCUCCCCACGCUAUGGCUCUCCAAAGUUUCAUUUCCCACAUUUGGAAUGGGAUGAUGAGUUUGAUGAAGUUCUUGUUUAUGAUGAUGAUGGGCGUACAGAUGAUGAUGCUGACUCGCUGGAUGUGACGGUCAGCUCUCCUCCUGUCCAGCCUCAUAAGAUGCCUCACGUAGAGAUGGUCAAGCCGGCGAUGACCGAGGCUGAACUCCUGGCUGCCCAGAAGGAAGCCCUGGAAGUAAAAUUGCGUGACAUGACUGAUGAAGAGAGAAAGCAGAUAAUAAAUACAGAAGAGUUCCAGUCUUUCUUCAUGAGAACAUCUCGGAUCGUGGAGCGGGCUCUGGCUGAGGAUCUGGAUAUAUUCACCGAUUAUUCUGCUGGAGAUGGUGAAGGCAAAGAUGAUGAUCAGCUGGCUGGGGAGAGGUUAAAGCUGAACCGGGACUUUUAUGAUGAAAGAUGGUCCAAACACAGAACAAUAACAAGCAUGGAUUGGUCCACUCAGUUCCCAGAGCUACUGGUUGCCUCGUACAACGCUAACGAGGACAUGCCACAUGACCCAGAUGGCGUAGCUCUUGUCUGGAAUGUCAAGUUUAAGAAGACCACUCCUGACUAUGUGUUCCAUUGUCAGUCUGCUGUAAUGUCUACCUGUUUUGCCAAGUUUCACCCUAACCUGGUAGUUGGUGGUACCUACUCUGGGCAGAUUGUGCUCUGGGAUAACCGUGUGAACAAACGUACUCCUGUUCAGAGAACACCCCUAUCUGCUGCUGCACACACGCACCCUGUCUACUGUGUUAAUGUGGUAGGUACACAGAAUGCCCACAACCUGAUCAGUGUCUCCACUGAUGGCAAGAUCUGCUCGUGGAGUCUGGAUAUGCUGUCUCAGCCACAGGACAGUAUGGAGUUGAUGCAUAAGCAAGCUCGGGCUGUGGCUGUCACCUCCAUGUCCUUCUUGUCAGGGGACGUCAAUAAUUUUGUUGUUGGAGGAGAGGAUUGUGUGGUGUACUCGGGCUGUAGACAUGGCAGUAAAGCUGGUGUGAAUGAGGCCUUUGAGGGCCACCAGGGACCAAUCACAGGGAUUGACUGUCACACAGUACCUGGCCAGAUCGACUUCUCUCCUUAUUUCCUAACCUCUUCCUUUGACUGGACUAUCAAGCUGUGGAGUAUAAAGGAGCAGAAACACAUCCACUCAUUUGAGGACAACAGUGAUUAUGUGUAUGAUGUUCAGUGGUCUCCCAUCCACCCAGCCCUGUUUGCCAGUGUGGACGGUAUGGGCCGCCUGGAUUUGUGGAACCUUAACAGUGAAACAGAGGUGCCGUCAGCCACGGCGGCUAUGGAGAACACAGUGGCUCUGAAUCACUGCCGCUGGCAUGAGAGUGGCCAUCAAAUAGCGGCCGGAGACGACCUGGGGCGUAUCUAUGUGUAUGAUGUCGGAGAGCACAUUGCCAACCCUAAAGGGGAUGAAUGGAGCAGGUUUAAGAACACGUUAAUGGAACUAAGACAGAAUGCUGCCGAGAGGGAAGAAGAUUCCUUAUCUCAGUCAAGCUUGGGCAAGACAUCUACCCCACUCAGAUAAUAGUCUGGAACGUUUUACAACUUAAAUCUCUAUAUUUCAUGGAAAGAAUUCUCGUGCACGUUAACUUAAAGUGACUGAGAUGUUUUCAUCGCUUGGUUCUGGACUCAUGAGAUAUGAAAUCAAUGCUAAAAGUUCUCUUACUGAAGUGUGAACAACCUCAGAUAGGAAGAAGUGCUGCUUAUCUAUUGUGAGGUUUUGGUGUGGAGGCGAGUAGGAACCACCUAUGCUCAGUUUCUUCCAAUAUUGUUAAAUUCUUAUGAAAUGUCUGGGCUACAUUGAAUUAUUAAAAAAUUUGAAAUUGUCAAUAGAGCCUGUCUAAUAAACACUUGUAUAUGAGAAAGUAUUUCCCCAUUAUGUCAUGCUUCAUGGUUUGAAUAUUUGUCUCUACCGUUGUCAAUAGCAUGUAAUGUUAGGCAUUUGGAAACCUCAAGUCUAAUGUGAUUGUUAAAGCAACUGGUUAACCUUUAUGUGUACCCUCUUUUCUUUUUAAUCGUUAUUUAUUUUGUGGAAUAUUUGCAGUAAAAUUAAAAAGAGUAGGUGUUACAUAUUCUGCAAAAGUACAAACAUGUUUUGUUCCAAUGCUGACCACACCAAAUCAUGAUUGACAUCAUUAAAUGUAAUUGCAUGCAGAAAAUGAUAACAAUCACGUAGAGCCUUCACAGGAUCCUAAAGUUUUGUGUCAUCUGGUCUAGUGUCUAGUAAGGCAUGGGAAAUGAAACCAAUAGUUUGCUACAUUCUUUUCUGUUAAUUAAUGGUGGCUUGGAGAAUGUAAACAAAGAUGCUUGUGGAUUGGUGAAUAUUAUAUUUAAGAGAAUACAAAUGCUUUAAAACUUUA